AUGUUGCAUGAAGUAACGUCUAAAGAAGUGUUUGAAAUGGGGAGGUUUCUUUUUGAGAUACAGGAGAUGCAAUUGGAUUUUCGUGAAACUGUAUAUAUUCUAAUUUAUGGUUUAAGAGUUGGUCUUUAUGUGGAUUUACUCCAUGACGAAAGAGGUCGGUCAAAUUCAAAUCUUCGUGCUCGGUUGUUCUCAGACAUUACAGAUGCAUGUUUGCGGCUGAAAGAUUUAGAAGACUACAUUAUGUCUCAGAAGUAUUUUUCACUUCAUGAUGAAGAUGUUGUAAUGUUUAUCCAACUUGUUUUUAUGUUGAAAGGUCUCCACGGACGAGACAUUAAAAUGGGCAUUCCUGCAGCAGUAUACACGCUUGUUGAUAAUAUAGAUGAUUGGAACAGAUAUGGAUUUUGA